AUGACCAUGCUCACACACCUGCUGGUUUGCAUCUUCGGCAUGGGCUCCUGGGUAGCCAUCAACGGUCUGUGGAUGGAGCUGCCCCUGCUGGUGACAGAGCUGCCUGAAAGCUGGAACCUGCCCUCCUACCUCACUGUGGUCAUCCAGCUGGCCAACAUCGGGCCACUGCUGGUCAGCCUACUGCAUUGCUUCCUGCCUCGCUGCCUCUCGGAGGUUCCUGUGAUCUUCACCGUGCUGGGGGUGUGGGUGGGCACCCUGGCCUGUCUGCUCAUCGCCUUCCUCUGGAACAUGACCUCCUGGCUGCAGGGCGGCCAGUACAGUGUCGCCUUUGUUAUCCUCACCUUCUUCCUGACCCUGGUGGACUGCACCUCCUCUGUAACCUUCCUGCCCUUCAUGAGCCUCCUACCCUCCUACUAUCUCACCACCUUCUUCAUGGGCGAAGGGCUCAGCAGCCUCCUGCCUUCCCUGAUUGCUCUGGCCCAGGGCUCAGUGCUCACUGUCUGCGUCAAUGUCACAGACACGCUGGUCACUGCCGAGGACAGCAGCAUCACACAGGCGCAGGAGCAUUUCCUUUAG